GCAAGGAGUAUACGCUCUUCGGUCGCCUGCGGUUUCUGCAGCGACACAGCAGGUAGUAUAUCGUAGCAGCAAAUGUAGCGAACUCCUCCGCAAGAUGACAAUGGGCCAGUGCAGAUGAAAGAGCCGUACUCAAACAUUCCUCUUGCCACCAUCGAGCAAGCAACUGAAUGCGCCGCAUUGGCACAACACGACCGAUCGUUCGCAAUGUCACGAUCCAGCACGCCGAGCGCCGCGACUCGCUCGUGUCGAUCCAAAGCACGUCCUCGAACGGGUACUCGCAAAGCCUAUUCGGGCGCACGAAGGAGGUUGUCAUUGGAAGCUCCGUCUCGAGCUCCGUCUCGAGUGUCUCGAGUAUCUUUGGGAUUGGCCGCCAGCAUGAUCGCGACGUGCUCAACGACAGCUUCAUCACGUCUGGGCACAUCGCGGAAGAAGAGGAUGACGAGCCGUGGGGUCAACAGCGCGACUCGGUUGUCAUCAUGGACGACGGCCACCACGUGCUCAUGGAGUCGCACGGCGACGAUGACGACGACGACAACGAGUGCUCUGUGCUCAAAAUUUAA